CGGUGUCGCGUUUAUUUUUGUUGUUUUAUCAAGAUGGAGGUUAUGUGUUCUUGGUUCUUAAAUGAUUGUCAAAAUUAAUUUUAUCAUGUCGAAAAAGACCAAAAAGGAAAAAAAUUACGCAUACUUUUCAACUAGACCGGAUAACGAGGAAUAUACAGUUGAACGAAUCAUCGACAAACGAGUAAAUCCUUUUACUCGAUCAAUCGAAUACCUACUGAAAUGGAAAGGCUACUCCGAUAGGGACAACACGUGGGAACCAGAACACAACCUGGACUGUCCUGGGUUGGUUGAGGAGUUUGAAGUUAGCCGUCGGCGUAAACACGAAUUUCAAUAUCGUAAGCGAAGAUAUGCUCCAGUCACAAUUACUAGUAGCGGUUGUGAAACUCCAGAUGUAUCCAAAAAGAAAGUAAUCGGGUUCGAUCGAGGACUGAAACCCGAACGAAUUUUGGCGUGCACAAAUACUAAUGGACAACUACUUUUCUUAAUGCAGUGGAAGAAUUCGACCAAAGUGGAUCUUGUGCCUUCGGUUGAAGCUAAUAUGAGGUGUCCAGAGGUUGUGAUCGAUUUUUACGAGAGACAUAUCGUUUUGAAUUUUAGUAAGGAGAAAGCGGAAGGUUGUGUGGUGGGAGAUAAGUAAUUAAAGCUUUGGCUAGCCAAAAAUAUGAAAGCGUUGGAGCAUUUUCUGCUGAUUAAUGCGUACUGUUAAUUAGCGCUAGUUAGUCCAGAACCAAUUGACAGAUAUGUAAAUUGGAAAAACUGACACCUGCUUGUCUACGCUUUCAUAAUUUGUGAUAAAAAAAUGCUCAAACAGUACUGAUUUGGUAGUUAGGCGUUCUUAUUAAGUUAGUGUAUUAAUUACUAUAUUGUAAUUAUUCCUAUGUAUAUUUGUAAUUUUAGUUUUAUGUCAUAAGAUAGUAACACUAGUCUGCUGGUGAAGUUUUUAAUCGUUUUCUAGCACACUAAUCAAUACAUGUUUAUCUAUAAGAGUACUGUGUUUAUAAACAUAAAUAUACUCUAUUGGGCGUAGUAAGGAAUGAAUGUAAAUCGUUUAAAAAAUCUGAAAAUAUAGACAGGAUGAUUAGCAAGGUCUUUCCCAUGGAUCAAGGAAUAAAUAACCCUUUGCUUGAUAAACAUCAUUUUAGUAAGAAAAACUGAGGACGCAGAUGAGCAAAUAAUAACCAUCGGGAGAAUGGACUGUCUCCAUGAACUCUCCACAAACACCUUUUUUAGUUUUAGCACAUCUGUGGUUUUAGAUUUUCUCAUUUUCCGUUUCAAUAAAACUUGUUUCUAAAAGA